UCCCCUUUGCAGAGAGGAGGCUCCGAGGAUCCCCUGCUGACUCCAGGCAGAGGCAGGCAGAGGCACAAGGCAGCUCCUGAAGCCAGUGGGAGCCCCUCUCCCCAGCGAGCUCCGGAGCCAUGAGCAGCGCCGUGCUCCUCGCCCACCUCCCAGACCCCAGCAGCAGCUUCAGGGAAGACGCCCCCCGACCCCCUGUCCCGGGGGAGGAAGGAGAAGCACCAUGCCCGCAGCUCGCCAGCUCGUUUCUCCCCAAAAGCCAAAGCUUCAAGGCCAUGCCGGUGCCUCCUGCCCCGCGGAGGAAUGAGAACGGGCUGGGGGAGCCGGAGGGCAGCGCGUCCCCAGACUCCCCUCUGGCCAGAUGGACCAAAUCCUUGCAUUCCCUCUUGGGAGAUCAAGAUGGUGCCUAUCUUUUUCGGACCUUUCUGGAAAGGGAAAAAUGUGUGGAUACCUUAGACUUCUGGUUUGCCUGCAAUGGCUUCAGGCAGAUGGACCUUAAGGAUACCAAAACUUUACGAGUAGCCAAAGCUAUUUACAAAAGGUACAUCGAGAACAACAGCAUCGUCUCCAAGCAGCUCAAACCUGCUACCAAGACCUACAUAAGGGACAGCAUCAAGAAGCAGCAGAUAGAUUCCAUCAUGUUUGAUCAGGCACAGACUGAGAUUCAGACUGUGAUGGAGGAAAAUGCUUACCAGAUGUUUUUAACUUCUGAUAUAUACCUCGAAUAUGUACGGAGUGGAGGAGAGAAUCCCGCUUACAUGAGCAGCAAUGGACUGGGGAGCUUAAAAGUUGUCUGUGGCUAUCUGCCGACCUUGAAUGAAGAAGAGGAAUGGAGCUGUGCAGACUUUAAAAAUAAAAUCUUGCCUUCGGUAGUUGGACUAUCCAGCAAGACUUUGAGGGUUACAGCGAAUGUCAGAGCCACGGAAACGAUCGAGAAUGGAUACAGGUCCUUCAAGAGGAAUGACCCCGUGAACCCCUACCACGUGAACUCGGGCUAUGUGUUCGCGCCGGCCACCAGCGCCAACGACAGCGAGAUCUCCAGCGAUGCCCUGACGGACGACUCCAUGUCGAUGACGGACAGCAGCGUAGAUGGGAUCCCCCCGUACCGGAUCGGGAGCAAGAAGCAGCUCCAGCGGGAAAUGCACCGCAGCGUCAAGGCCAACGGGCAAGUUUCUCUACCUCAUUUUCCGAGGACACACCGGCUUCCCAAGGAGAUGACCCCGGUGGAGCCCGCCGCCUUCGCCGCCGCGCUCAUUUCCCGCCUGGAGGGGGGGGAGAUGCCCCCGGUGGAGCCCGCCGCCUUCGCCGCCGAGCUCAUUUCCCGCCUGGAGAAGCUGAAGCGGGAGCAGGAGACCAUGGACUGUCUGGAGGAGAGGCUGCAGCAGAUCAAGGAGGUAGGAUUAGCCUUCCCAGCCCCGCGUGCCACCCGGCCUGGCCGGGGCGCGGCCUCGCUGGCCGCCUGCGCCCUGCUGGGCAAGGGCUUCCUCGCCAAGCAGACCACCAAGCACGUGCACCACCACUACAUCCACCACCACACCGUGCCCAAGAGCAAGGAGCAGAUCGAGGCCGAGGCGGCGCAGCGGGCGCAGUGCUGCUGCCCGGCGGGGGGCGACUACUACUGCUACCCCAAGUGCAAGGGCCACCCCAAAAACACUGACCCGCCUCUCUCUCCGCUGGAGCCCUUCGGCAGGACGGGGACGCUGCUGAAGAGGCCGGGCCGAGGAGGGGACAGCGCGGGCCCGGUGGCCGGGGACGGGGCCCUGCCCGGCCCCGCUGGGGCGCAGCUCCCGGGGGGCGAAGCGGAUCGGGCGCAGAACGUCUGGCAGUGGAUGCUGGAGAGCGAGAGACAAAAUAAGCACAAGACCCACAGCACACAGAGCACAAAGAAGGCCUACGGCUCCGAGUGCGCCAAGGGGGCCCCCGGCCGCCACCACCCCUGGGGGACGGGCGGCCACCCCCGCGGGGCGCAGCCCGCGCACCCCUUCGUGCAGGACCCCGCCAUGCCCCCGCUGACGCCCCCCAACACGCUGGCCCAGCUGGAGGAGGCGUGCCGCCGCCUGGCCGAGGUCUCCAAGCCGCAGAAGCCACGAUGUUCAACCUCAAAUCAGCAGAGGGACCGAAACCACUCUGCUGCCAUUCAGGGGGGAAGCUCCCCUUUCUGCAAUGCAAGUCUAACGACAGAAGAUCACAAAGAGCCAAAGAAACUGCCAGUUGUUCACACCUCUCAGUCUGGUGAGCUGGUUGUCACCUAUUUUUUUUGCGGAGAAGAAAUUCCCUACAGGAGGAUGUUAAAGGCCCAGAGCCUGACACUUGGGCACUUUAAAGAACAGCUGAGCAAAAAGGGAAAUUACAGAUACUACUUCAAAAAGGCCAGCGACGAGUUCGACUGCGGCGCGGUGUUUGAGGAGGUUUGGGAAGACGAAACCGUCCUGCCCAUGUACGAGGGAAGGAUCCUCGGGAAGGUGGAGAGGAUUGAUUGAUGCCACCUGUGGUUCUCAAGAAAAACUUCACCUAGGAAAGUCUUUGGACACACAGCAGUAGUGGUGACAAGGAAAGAGGAAAAAAAAAAAAACAAACAAAAUGCUCUGAAGGAAAAGUUUUGAACCAAUGAAGAAAAAAAAAGUUAAGUCUAUGAAGACUUUGCUGAAUUAGCCUUAGA